AUGACGUCUUGCCGUAGUUCAACUUCAGUUUCUUGUCUAGUUAAUGGCUCUCCAUCCGAGGAACUGUGUCCCCCAAAAGGCUUGAGGCAAGGGGAUCCAAUCUCUCCAUUUUUGUUCAUUAUCGCAGCAGAAGGGCUAAAUAUGUUGUUAUCAAGAGCUAGAGAAAUAGGUUUGAUAAAAGGGGUCAUGAUUGGUGAUGAAGGAGUGAAGUUAUCUCACCUGCAAUUUGCUGAUGACACAGUCUUAUUUUGUGAGAGGAAGAUUCACCUUGUGAAGUGGAAGGAAGCUACAGUGAGUAAAAAUAUUGGAGGCCUGGGUAUCAAGGAGAUUAAAAUAGUAAAUGAGAGUCUAUUGGCCAAAUGGUGGUGGAGGUUCGGGGUUAAAGAUGAUGCACUAUGGAAAAUUCUGAUUUGUAGAAGGUAUGGUGUUGAAAGUGGGAGAUGGUUCCCUUUUCAUAUGGUGGAUUGUAAUAGCUCCUGGAUCUGGAGUGAUAUACUUUUAGUAGCUCAAUCUAAUACCAGACUCUUUAAUUUCUUCAUGGAAAAUGUAGAAAUCAGAGUUGGGAGUGGGAGCAGGAUUAAGUUCUGGGAGGAUGUGUGGUUGGGCAAGUUCUGUUUGAAGAAUAAAUACCCAAGACUGUUUAGCAUUUCCAAUGAUAAAGGGGUAUCACUGAAAGACAAGGUGGUUUGA